UUCCAUGGUCUGCUCCAGAAACCACCCGUGGCCCAAGGGUGCCCCUCUGACUCAGAGAGACAGACAGCAGAUCCUCUGCCCACCUCACUCCCCUCCCCUCGCCCCUGGCGGAUCCUACAGAACUCUCUAUUCCUGCUUAACUCAUCAUCUAGUCAUUGGAGCUUUGGGACCUGAAAACAAAGUGUCUUGAGUUAGGGCCACCUCUCCAGCCGCUCACUCAUUCACUCACCAAACACAAGCCCCCAGGUCAGGGGCUGGGGUGUGUAGGCGUCUGGAGUUACGUGGAGGAAUACGGCGUGAUACCCAGCGCCGGCGCAGGGGGCUUGGGGGUGGACAUCCGGGCCUCUUGGGGAGGGUCCUGGGGACCCCAAGUCCUUGGAGGUGGAGAAAGGAGAGCUGAAGGCAGCGACUUAGGGCAAAUGCCCCAGGAAUCCCAAGCGGGUGGGGCGGGACCCGCGGUUGCCAGGGAGGAGACUUUGGCGUCGCGUCGCCAAGGUAACCCUGACCGAAGGAAGCCGGCUAUGGCCUCUGGGACUGGAGGGAGCUGGGGUCAUCCCGCACCGCAAAGGGCAGCCCCCACGCCCUGGGUGACGGUUCUGCAGCCCUUCCCAUGGGCCGUCCCACCGCCACCCCCGCAGCCAGGACGUGUGAAGGAAGACCUGAUGGAGCUGAUGCUGCUGCAGAACGCACAGAUGCACCAGCUGAUCCUGGGUCGCCUGGUGGCAGCAGCGCUGAGCCCCUGGCCCGCCUUCUCUGGCCCGCAGGUCCACAUGGAGGGUCCGAAGGAGGAGAGUGAGGAGGAAGAGGAGCUGGAAGCCCAGGAGGAAGGGCCUCUGGUGUUCCACCACCACUACUUGCCCUGCCCGACGCCCGCUCUGGGCCUCCAGCCUCCCUGGCCAGCGCCUUUCCUUCCCCCUCCGCCACACCAGCCCCCCUUGCAGGAUGCACCCAGGAUCCAGCAGCGCCCUCCUGCCAGGAAAAGGGGGGUGAGAGCCGUGCCCCCACCCCCACCCCCCAGUGCCACAGGGACUGUGGGUGCGGAUGUACCCCCGGCUUCAGGUAGGGGCAGGGGGUGUGGGCAGCAGGCUCCAGGCCUAGGGAUGGGUCAGGAGGCUAGGGGGGUCGUGUUCCCCCGAGGGCGGGGUGCUGUCACUGCUGCAGGCAACUGGCCCGUCCCCUUCCCUUUCCCUCCUUGGGGUCCACUGAGGCAGGAGGGAGUCAAGAUGAGGGUGCUGUCUCCCCCACCCAGAUUACUAUGAUGCUGAGAGCUUACUAUGAAGACAGACGCUGGCCCAGGGACCCACCCCAGCUGCACUGCGAGGCUGGAUACAGCCCCCCGAGGGCCCCUCUGGUGCUCACAGCCACACCUGACAGCCCUUCUCUGCCCAACCCCAACCAGGCCCUCCCCUCCAGGGUGAAUCAGUCUCCUCUCCUUCCCAUUAAGACCUGAGCCAGCCCAUCUCUUCUCUGGAGUAAGCUCACUAGGUUAUUCACUGUUCAAGACCCUCGACCCACAUGAACACCCAACUCUGUCCCACUGUUUGCUUCCCGGGCGAGGGGGAGGCUGGGAACCA